CAUUAAAAUGAAGAAAGAAAAAGUUAGAUCCUUGAGUGAAAAUCGUAUAUAUAAAUCUCAAUGUUUGGAUGGAUAUUCUCAAUCAAAUAGUCAAAGCUCACACAGCGAUAAAGAUCAGGACAUGAACAGUAACACCCAAGACUCCUCAGCAGUCCAACCCCCUCCAAAAACCAUCGAAGAGCACCUAAACACCACAAUCCUGACCACCUUCCAAACCACAAUCCCCCACUCCUUCUCCACCCCAUGUACCCCUUCCCUCUCCCUCUACCCCCCUCUCACCCCUAGAUCCCACAAAUCCUUCAACUCCACUUUCCUCUACCUCACCCACACAAUUCCUAAAUCCCUCAAAACCCUCUCUACUAAGCUAAAAACCUUCCUCUCCCACUCCCCUUCCCAGUACGAAUCCUACUUCUCCAGCGCCCACCCUUCUAAAUUCUCUACUAGAGAUAGUAUGAAUCCUUAUGAGUCAUUCAUGGUUUUGAAUUUAGGGUUUUAUGUGCAGUCUAUGAGGAGGAUGCUGGAGGAUUUGAGAGAGAAAAUAGAGAUUAGUAGGCUUGAACUUAGAUGUAUUAUGAAAGGAAAGAAAGGCGCAGAGAGGAGGAAGAAGGAAAUGAAAGGGUGGAGUACUGAAGAGGGGGAUGGGGAUGAGCAGUGGGAAGAGGAGAUGGAUGAGAGUAGUGGAGGGGAGGAAGGGGAGGAAGAGAGGGAGAUUGAGAAGAUGCAGUAUAGGAUGGAGGGGUUGGAGGAGUAUAUGCAGGGGUGUGUGGAGAGUAAUUAUCAAAUUCCGCACCUCUCGAUCAAUCAAAACACUAAUCACUCAUCUCUUGAAGACUUCGCUGAUAUAUUCCCUAAAGAUUCUGAAUUAGACGCUAUUUCAGAUUUAUCUAACCUAAACCAACAAUCCUACCCCUUCAGGGAUCUUUCCGAACACAAAUGCAGCCCUAAAUUCUGCCAAAUCUGUGCAUUAUUCCCCCAAAAAUCCCCAUCAAACCUUCAAGAUCACAAACCAACCCAAAUCCCGUCUAAAAUAGUAAGUCACCACAUCCCCUCUUCUUCACCCUCUCCCAUCCACUUUCUGGCUACUAGCCAUCACUAA